GUUGUUGCCACAUGCCAGUCUCCUCCUCAUCACGCCUUCCGCCUUCUCUCUCUACCCGGCAGCUCUCUGGUCCACCGCUGCGGGCAGUUAAAAGCCCCCCGCUGGCGCGGCAGCUGCUGCAGGCAGCACAAGCGGCGUCGCCACGGCCCGGGGCGUACCACCACCUCCUUCUGUCGCGCCCCCCUCUCCCUUCCCGCGGUGGCUGGGAGGGAGCACGCGCUGCUGUAGCUCAACGGCACGCAUUUAAGGCGCCCCUUGGAUCGCACUGCUGCCCAUAUCCUACUCCUCCUUCCUCUCCUCCUCCUCCUCCCCCUCGGCGGCGAUCGGCCGAACGCAAGCCACGCCUCUGCAACUGCGUGCGUGGUCUGAACUUCACAGGGUGAAAUAAUGGCGGAGCCCUACCAACUGAACGGCAUACUGAACGGGAUGCCUAAUUUGAGUCAUCCAUCCUCUCCAUCAGAGGUCGAUGAAUUCUGUAAGGCACUUGGUGGUAACUCGCCAAUACACAGCGUGCUAGUCGCUAACAAUGGGAUGGCCGCGGUCAAGUUCAUGCGCAGCAUCCGGAUAUGGGCCCUGGAGACCUUUGGGACAGAGAAGGCCAUUCUUUUGGUUGCUAUGGCAACUCCAGAGGACUUGAAGAUAAACGCUGAGCACAUAAGAAUCGCUGAUCAGUUCAUAGAAGUUCCUGGAGGAACAAACAAUAACAACUAUGCGAAUGUACAGCUUAUAGUGGAGAUUGCAGAGAGAACUCGCGUAUCUGCAGUUUGGCCUGGCUGGGGUCAUGCGUCUGAGAACCCAGAACUUCCAGAUGCUCUAGAUGAGAAAGGAAUCAUUUUUCUCGGACCACCAUCAGCUGCAAUGGCUGCACUGGGUGAUAAGAUUGGUUCUUCUCUUAUUGCACAAGCAGCUGGAGUUCCAACUCUUCCAUGGAGUGGAUCACAUGUAAAAGUUCCACCAGAAAGCUGCCAUUCAAUUCCCGAGGAGUUAUAUAGGAAUGCUUGUGUUUCCACCACAGAGGAAGCAGUGGCUAGUUGUCAGGUGGUUGGGUACCCUGCCAUGAUCAAGGCAUCAUGGGGAGGCGGUGGUAAAGGAAUAAGGAAGGUUCAUAACGAUGAUGAGGUGAGGGCGCUGUUCAAGCAAGUUCAAGGAGAAGUCCCUGGCUCACCUAUAUUUAUUAUGAAAGUGGCAUCUCAGAGCCGACAUCUGGAGGUUCAAUUGCUCUGUGAUAAACAUGGCAAUGUGGCAGCACUGCACAGUCGAGAUUGCAGUGUUCAAAGAAGACACCAAAAGAUUAUUGAAGAGGGGCCAAUCACAAUUGCUGCUCCAGACACUGUUAAAGAGCUUGAGCAGGCAGCAAGGCAGCUUGCUAAGUGUGUUCAAUACGUUGGUGCUGCUACUGUAGAAUAUCUGUACAGCAUGGAAACGGGCGAGUACUAUUUUCUGGAGCUUAAUCCACGGUUGCAGGUAGAACAUCCUGUGACUGAAUGGAUAGCUGAAAUAAACUUGCCAGCAGCCCAAGUUGCAGUCGGAAUGGGCAUACCCCUUUAUAACAUUCCAGAGAUUAGACGCUUUUAUGGAAUGGAUCAUGGGGGCGGCUACCAUAAUUGGAGGACAAUAUCUGCUGUUGCAACUAAGUUUGAUUUGGAUAAAGCACAGUCAGUGAGGCCAAAGGGCCAUUGUGUUGCAGUUAGAGUUACAAGUGAGGAUCCUGAUGAUGGGUUUAAGCCUACAAGUGGAAGAGUGGAGGAGUUAAACUUUAAAAGCAAACCAAAUGUUUGGGCCUAUUUCUCUGUUAAGUCUGGAGGAGCAAUUCAUGAAUUUUCUGAUUCACAGUUUGGUCAUGUUUUUGCAUUUGGGGAAUCUAGAUCUUUGGCCAUAGCCAAUAUGGUACUUGGGCUGAAAGAGAUUCAGAUCCGUGGAGAGAUACGCACAAAUGUUGAUUACACAGUGGAUCUCUUGAAUGCAACAGAAUACCGCGAAAAUAAGAUCCAUACUGGUUGGCUUGACAGCAGAAUAGCUAUGCGUGUUAGAGCCGAGAGGCCCCCAUGGUACCUCUCAGUUGUUGGAGGAGCUCUAUAUGAAGCAUCAAGCAGGAGCUCAAGCGUUAUUACUGAUUAUGUUGGUUAUCUCAGCAAAGGUCAGAUACCACCAAAGCACAUAUCGCUUGUCAAUUUAACUGUAACUCUGAACAUAGAGGGGAGCAAAUACACGAUUGAGACAGUAAGGGGUGGACCCCGCAGCUACAAAUUAAGAAUGAAUGGAUCAGAAAUUGAAACAGAGAUACAUUCACUGCGAGAUGGUGGACUUUUAAUGCAGUUGGAUGGAAACAGUCAUGUAAUUUAUGCAGAGACAGAGGCUGCUGGUACACGCCUUCUCAUUAAUGGUAGAACAUGCUUACUACAGAAAGAACACGAUCCUUCAAAGCUAUUGGCUGAUACACCUUGCAAACUUUUGCGGUUCUUGGUUGCGGAUGGCUCUCAUGUGGAUGCUGAUACACCAUAUGCUGAGGUGGAAGUCAUGAAAAUGUGCAUGCCACUGUUGCUGCCUGCCUCUGGUGUCAUUCACUUUGUUAUGCCUGAGGGUCAGGCCAUGAAGGCGAAUGACCUGAUAGCAAGAUUGGACCUUGAUGACCCAUCUUCUGUGAGGAGAGCCGAACCAUUUCAUGGUUCCUUUCCCAAACUGGGACCUCCUACUGCUAUCUCUGGCAAAGUUCAUCAAAAAUUUGCUGCAAGUGUGAAUUCUGCACACAUGAUCCUUGCAGGAUAUGAACAUAAUAUCAAUGAAGUUGUACAAGACCUGCUAAACUGCCUAGACAACCCUGAGCUCCCUUUUCUACAAUGGCAAGAACUUAUGUCUGUUUUAGCAACACGACUUCCAAAAGAUCUUAGGAAUGAGUUUGGAUGCAUUCAGUUGGAUGGUAAGUACAAGGAGUAUGAAUUGAAUCCUGACUUCUGCAAGAGCAAGGAUUUCCCUGCAAGGUUGCUGAGGGGGGUUAUUGAGGCAAAUCUUGCAUACUGUUCGGAGAAAGAUAGGGUUACAAAUGAGAGGCUUGUGGAACCACUUAUGAGCCUGGUCAAGUCAUACGAGGGUGGAAGAGAAAGCCAUGCUCGUGUUGUUGUUAAAUCUCUAUUUGAGGAGUAUCUGUCGGUUGAAGAGCUCUUCAAUGAUAACCUUCAGUCUGAUGUUAUAGAGCGUCUACGCCUUCAACAUGCAAAAGACCUUGAGAAGGUUGUAUACAUUGUGUUCUCACAUCAGGGUGUGAGAAGCAAAAAUAAAUUAAUACUGCGGCUUAUGGAAGCAUUGGUAUAUCCAAACCCAUCUGCUUACAGGGAUCAGUUGAUUCGCUUCUCUGCCUUGAACCAUACAUCAUAUUCUGAACUGGCACUUAAAGCAAGCCAACUUCUUGAGCACACUAAAUUGAGUGAACUUCGCACCAGCAUAGCAAGAAGCCUUUCAGAGCUGGAGAUGUUUACUGAGGAAGGAGAGCGUCUGUCAACACCUAGGAGAAAGAUGGCGAUAAAUGAGAGAAUGGAAGAUUUAGUUUGUGCUCCACUGGCAGCUGAAGAUGCCCUUGUAGCUUUGUUCGAUCACAGCGAUCCUACUCUUCAACGGAGAGUAGUUGAGACAUACAUACGCAGAUUGUAUCAGCCAUAUCUUGUAAGUGGAAGUAUCCGGAUGCAAUGGCACCGAGCUGGCCUAAUUGCCUUAUGGGAGUUCUCUGAAGAGCAUCUUAAGCAAAGAAGUGGGCAAGAUGUGCCCCUACAGCAAGUAGAAAAUCCCAUUGAGAAGAGUUGGGGCGUCAUGGUUGUAAUCAAGUCUCUCCAGUUUGUAGCAACUGCAAUUGAUGUUGCACUGAAGGAGACUUCACAGUACGGAAUUGGUGUCAGAAGUGUCUCUAACAGUAACCAUGUACAUUCUAAUCAAAGCAAUAUGCUUCAUAUUGCUUUGGUUGGUAUCAAUAAUCAGAUGAGUACUCUGCAAGACAGUGGUGAUGAGGAUCAAACACAAGAAAGGGUCAACAAACUAUUCAAGAUUUUGAAGGAUAAUACUAUUACAUCACAUCUUAAUGGCGCUAGUGUUAAGGUUGUCAGCUGUAUUAUCCAAAGGGAUGAAGGGCGUCCACCAAUGCGACACUCCUUCCAAUGGUCUGUUGACAAACUUUAUUAUGAGGAGGAUCCAAUGCUUCGCCAUGUGGAACCCCCGUUGUCUACAUUCCUUGAGCUGGAAAAAGUAAACUUAGAAGGUUACAAUGAAGUAAAAUACACUCCAUCACGUGAUCGUCAGUGGCAUAUUUAUACGCUUAUCAAGAACAAGAAAGAUCAGAGAUUAAAUGACCAGAGGAUGUUCCUUCGUACCAUAGUCAGACAACCAAGUGCAACAAAUAGUUUCCUGACAGGUAAUAUUGACAAUGAAGUAGGGCACACACAAGCUUCGUCAUCGUUCACAUCAAACAGCAUUCUCAGAUCAUUGAUGGGAGCACUAGAAGAAAUAGAGCUACAUGCUCAUAGUGAGACUGUGAGAUCAGGCCACUCACACAUGUAUCUGUGCUUACUGAGAGAACAACAAUUGCAUGAACUAAUCCCGUUUUCAAGGAUGACUGGUAAAAUUGAUAAGGAUGAAGGAACUGUGUGCACACUUUUGAAGCAUAUGGUAUUGAAUUUAUAUGAACAUGUUGGGGUCAGGAUGCAUCGUCUUUCUGUGUGCCAGUGGGAAGUCAAGCUCUGGUUGGUUUGUGAUGGGCAAGCUAGUGGUGCUUGGAGAGUUGUUGUUACCAAUGUUACUGGCCACACAUGCACCAUUGAUAUUUACCGAGAAGUGGAAGACCCCACCACACAUCAGCUUCUCUACCACUCUGCCACAACCUCGGCUGGUCCUUUGCAUGGUGUUGCAUUGAAUGAACCAUACAAGCCUUUGGAUGCUAUUGACCUCAAACGUUAUGCUGCUAGGAAAAAUGAAACCACAUACUGCUAUGAUUUUCCCCUGGCAUUUGAAACAGCGCUGAAGAGAUCAUGGAAAUCAAGUAGCUAUGGUGUUAGCGAAGCUAAUGAGCACAAUCGAUUCUAUGCUGAAGUGAAAGAGCUUAUAUUUGCUGAUUCGGUUGGAGCAUGGGGCACUCCAUUGGUUUCAGUUGAACGUCCUCCAGGCAUCAAUGAUAUUGGCAUCGUUGCUUGGAACAUGAAGCUGUCCACGCCAGAAUUCCCACGUGGCCGGGAGAUUAUAGUUGUUGCCAAUGAUGUGACAUUUAAAGCUGGGUCCUUUGGUCCAAGAGAAGAUGCAUUUUUUGAUGCUGUUACCAAUCUUGCCUGUGAGAGGAAACUUCCUCUUAUCUAUCUGGCAGCAACUGCUGGUGCCAGGCUUGGUGUAGCAGAGGAAAUAAAGUCAUGCUUCCAUGUCGGCUGGUCUGAUUAUGAGAGCCCUGAACGUGGGUUUCAGUACAUUUACCUCACUACACAAGAUUACUCACGUCUAAGCUCUUCAGUAAUAGCUCACGAGCUGCAACUAAAAAAUGGAGAAACCAGAUGGGUGGUUGAUACCAUUGUUGGUAAAGAGGAUGGACUUGGUUGUGAGAAUCUCCACGGCAGUGGGGCGAUUGCCAGCGCAUAUUCUAAGGCAUACAAAGAGACCUUUACUCUGACAUUUGUGACUGGAAGAGCUGUUGGCAUUGGGGCUUAUCUGGCUCGUUUAGGCAUGAGGUGUAUACAACGUCUUGAUCAACCAAUUAUUUUGACUGGGUUUUCGGCACUAAACAAGCUCCUGGGGCGGGAGGUGUACAGUUCUCAUAUGCAAUUGGGUGGCCCCAAAAUCAUGGCUACAAAUGGCGUUGUCCACCAAACUGUGUCAGAUGACCUUGAAGGUGUUUCUGCUAUCCUGAAAUGGCUCAGUUAUGUUCCUCCAUAUGUUGGUGGUCCUCUUCCCAUUAUGAAACCCCUGGACCCACCCGAAAGACCAGUAACAUACCUCCCUGAGAAUGCUUGUGAUGCUCUUGCAGCCAUCUGUGGCAUUCAGGAUGGUGAAGGGAGGUGGUUGGGUGGUAUGUUUGAUAGGGAAAGCUUUGUGGAAACAUUGGAAGGUUGGGCAAAAACAGUUAUCACCGGAAGAGCAAAGCUUGGUGGAAUACCAGUUGGUGUCAUAGCUGUAGAAACCCAGACUGUGAUGCAAGUCAUCCCAGCUGAUCCAGGUCAGCUUGAUUCCGCUGAGCGCGUAGUCCCUCAAGCAGGUCAGGUUUGGUUCCCAGAUUCUGCAACCAAAACAGCUCAGGCAUUACUGGAUUUCAACCGUGAGGAGCUUCCGCUGUUCAUCCUAGCAAACUGGAGAGGUUUCUCUGGUGGGCAAAGGGAUUUAUUUGAAGGAAUCCUUCAGGCUGGUUCAACAAUUGUUGAGAAUCUGAGGACAUACAAGCAGCCUGCUUUUGUAUAUAUCCCAAUGGGUGGAGAGCUACGGGGAGGGGCCUGGGUUGUGGUGGACAGCAAGAUCAAUCCAGACCACAUCGAGAUGUAUGCCGAGAGGACUGCGAAAGGGAAUGUCCUUGAGCCCGAAGGAUUGGUGGAGAUCAAAUUCAGGCCAAAGGAACUGGAAGAUUGCAUGCUAAGGCUUGACCCAGAAUUGAUUGGUCUGAAUACUAGGCUGAAAGAGAUGAAGAAACAAAAUGCCAGCAUCUCGGAAAUGGAGACCAUACGGAGGAGUAUGACUAUUCGGAUGAAGCAGUUGAUGCCUAUUUAUACUCAGGUUGCCACACGAUUUGCCGAAUUGCAUGACACCUCUGCUAGAAUGGCCGCCAAAGGUGUGAUCGGUAAGGUUGUUGAUUGGAAAGAGUCUCGGGCCUUCUUCUACAGGAGAUUGCGAAGGAGAGUUGCUGAGGAUGCCCUGGCCAAGGAAGUUAAAGAAGCUGCUGGCGAGCAGCUUUCCCACAGAUCAGCAUUAGACUGUAUCAAGAAAUGGUAUCUAGCGUCCAAAGGAACUGAAGGUGAUGGUGAAAUGUGGAAUGAUGAUGAAUCUUUCUUUGCUUGGAAGGAUGAUCCCAAAAACUAUGAGAAUUAUCUUGAGGAGUUGAAGGCUGAAAGAGUAUCGAACUGGUUCUCGCAUCUUGCUGAAAGUUCAGACGUGAAAGCUCUACCAAACGGUCUUUCGCUGCUCCUUAACAAGAUGAAUCCUUUGAAGAGGGAGCAGGUCAUUGAUGGCCUCAGGCAGCUUCUUGGUUGAUCGAUGGUGGCAAAGUGGAGCAUGAAGCCCUGUUUAGUUGGGAACGGAUUGUUCUGGUUGUAGUCAUGUAUUUAGCUGUUUAACAUGUAUUUAAUUGGGUGGCGUUACUCCACGUCAUACGGUACAACAGCAAUCCUGAUCAAGUGAUUAUUUAUUCUUCAAUCGAAGUAGUACAUGAUUUUCAUCAGUAAGCUUUGUGCUUGCAAUUAGGGAUAAAAUCGGAUGGAAAUGAACUGAAAAACACUCA